AUGGGACGAUUCUCUUAUACACACACACCAAAUCAAAUUUUGAUAAAUGCCUCAUUUGCUGAUAAUUAUCAACCGAUAACACCAUUUGUUCCUUCAACAUCUGAUCUCGUUCGACUCAAUACUAAAUGGCAAGCACAAUUGAAAGUUGAAAGAGAGCGAGUUAGACGAAAUUUAAUCACUGGUAAACAUUAUAAAAUAGGCGACGAGUCAAACAUGGACGAUAUAGAAGAUACAGUUGUAACACUGAUAAAUUCAACUAAUUCAAAUAUGAACAUGUCUGAUAACUAUAACUCAAUUCUUCCAGUUGCUUCAGUAACAAGUACAACAUAUUGUAAUCAAAAAGAGCGUCGCUGA